CGUGAUUUACAGAUCGACCAAUCAGACUAGAGAAUCCACAGCGGCUGUGGUAAGUUUGUUGCCAGGUGUCUCUGCACUACACGAACCAGAACCUCGAACCGGGACCAGCAGCAGAGCUCUGAACCGGGCAGACAGCAGAAGAUGAGCUUCUUAUUCGGGAAUCGUUCGUCUAAGACGUUUAAGCCGAAGAAGAAUAUUCCGGAAGGCUCUCAUCAGUAUGAGCUGCUCAAACACGCUGAAGCCACGCUGGGCAGUGGGAACCUGCGUAUGGCCGUCAUGCUUCCUGAUGGAGAAGAUCUGAAUGAAUGGGUGGCUGUCAACACGGUGGAUUUCUUUAACCAGAUUAACAUGCUGUACGGCACCAUCACAGACUUCUGCUCAGAGGACAGCUGCCCGGUCAUGUCUGCAGGACCAAAAUACGAGUAUCAUUGGGCAGAUGGAACCAACAUUAAGAAGCCUAUCAAGUGCUCUGCUCCCAAGUACAUUGACUAUCUGAUGACGUGGGUUCAAGACCAGCUGGAUGACGAGACCCUGUUUCCUUCUAAAAUAGGUGUUCCCUUCCCCAAGAACUUCAUGUCGGUGGCCAAGACUAUUCUGAAGCGUUUGUUCAGAGUUUAUGCUCAUAUAUAUCAUCAGCACUUUGACGCAGUCAUGCAGCUUCAGGAGGAAGCUCACCUCAACACGUCUUUCAAACACUUCAUCUUCUUUGUACAGGAGUUUAACCUGAUCGACCGUAAGGAGCUGGCGCCUCUUCAAGAGCUCAUCGAGAAACUCACAACAAAAGACAGAUAAACUGAGAAAAGAAGUUAAAUGAUCCUGCUCUCUCUUCUGACUCUCCCUUCUAUCUUUUGCUUUGUACAGAUGAUUUUAACCCCACAGCACUGCUAGGCCAAGCGUAGUGAAAUUACAACACUAAUCCUACCCGUUCACCUGAUUUGAUGACAACAUGAUGCCUGGAUAAAAUGGUUACAUAUGAGUUUUAGUUUCUCAAGUCCUUCACACUGUUUAGUUUGGUCACUGAAAGGGAGGGAUUUUAACCCAUGAGAAUUGAACAGCGUGUUAGCUUGGUGCCUGUGCCGCGUUAAAGCAGCGAAUGAGUGAUUCGCUCUCUUUGGCUAGUGUGAAUGUUUAAAAGUUGUUUGAUUCUUCAAUGCUGUAAUGCUGACAGCAAAAAGAUGGAGUUAAAUGGCUAUUUUCCUAUGCAAUAA